AUGGGUAAGAAAAACAAAACAAGGAAUGAAAAUGGCGACGGCACCUUAAAACAAUCCCCCUUGACUCUCUUUGUUUCCAACUUACCCUACUCCUUUACAAACCCUCAGCUUGAGGAAACUUUCAAUGAAGUUGGACCUGUUAGGCGUUGCUUCAUGGUAACACAAAAAGGGUCUACUCAACAUCGCGGUUUUGGUUAUGUCCAAUUUGCUGUUGAGGCAGACGCUAACAGUGCCAUUGAGCUGAAGAACGGUUCAUUGGUUGGUGGCCAAAAAAUUGCAGUGAAGCACGCAAUGCCCCGUCCUCCCCGUGAAAAUAGAAGAUUGAAACCAGAUCAAGAGGGCAAGGACAAUGAUCUCACAGAGUCAAAAAAUGAUGAUAAAGACAGUUUAUUACCUGUAGCAGAGAAGCCUGUUCCAGUUCCAAAGGAAGAAGAAGGGACAGUUUUGAAUAAACAAAAAACUCAAGGAAGCCUGUGGAAAUAA